GUCAGCUGCCGCGACGGACCAAUCCCUAACUGCAAGCGUAGACACACCUCCUCUUUAUUUGCUUACGCUCGUCGACGACAGCCUUGCAGUGACGUCGAGGCCACACGUGAUACAUUACAUUUCACCCGCUAAUCUUCCCCACUGCAGCCAAGUCAAGCAGCUGCAAUGAGCUUCGAAAUGCACUAGCGAGGUGGUCCCGACUCAGUGAGCAUUUUUUGCCUGCCCACAUCGCGCUGCCGGGCUGCGCUCCCCGAAUGCAAGAAAUUCGCCGUGGUGCUCUUCUCUGACGAACGUUUCCAACCUAGGCCAAGAUGAGAAUCACAACGCGGCUACUUAAGGACAUCGGGAAGAUGUUGGACAAAUACUCGCGAUUCCACCCGUCGCCGCUGUCCAUCAAGCAGUUCAUCGAUUUCGGUGAAAAUGCCUGUGAAAAGACGUCCUUUCUCUUCCUGCGCAAAGAACUGCCAGUGCGGUUGGCCAACAUAAUGAAGGAGAUUCACCUACUGCCAGAGAAUCUGUUGAGCAUGCCCUCUGUGGAACUUGUCAGAAGCUGGUAUGAAAGGAGUUUUGAGGAAAUAUUGGAAUUUGAGAAUGCUGGGAGUGAUGAUCAAAAAGCCAUGAUAAAGUUUUGUGAGGCACUGAUCAAGAUUAGGAACCGCCAUUCAAACGUGGUCCAGACCAUGGCCCAGGGUGUCAUAGAGCUGAAGGAGUCACAUGAGCCAGACCCAAAAACAGAGCACAGUAUACAGUACUUCCUGGACCGCUUCUACAUGAACAGGAUUUCCAUCAGAAUGCUCAUAAACCAACACACUUCCCUGUUUGGACAUGAGAACAACACUCAUCCCCGCCAUAUUGGUUCCAUCGACCGCAACUGCAAUGUUGCAAGCAUAGUUGAAGAUGCUUACGAAAAUGCAAAGUUCCUAUGUGACCAGUACUAUCUCACAUCUCCUGGCCUCGUAGUUGAACAAUGUGACGUGAUAGCUCCAAACUCCGCCAUCUGUAUAGACUACGUGCCGUCACAUUUGUAUCACAUGCUGUUUGAGCUUUUCAAGAACUCCAUGAGAGCGGUAGUUGAGUACCACGGGACUGAGACCGAAUCCAGCGACUUGCCUCCACUGAAAGUGCUCAUUGCUCGAGGACGAGAAGACCUCACCAUUAAGCUGUGUGACAAAGGUGGAGGCAUCCCACGGUCUUGCAUAGAGGUGUUGUUUCAGUACAUGUACUCCACUGCUCCACAGCCUUCGGCUUCGGGCCUCAACUCUGCACCUCUGGCUGGUUACGGCUAUGGCUUGCCCCUGUCUCGGCUAUAUGCCCGCUACUUUCGUGGGGACCUGAUCCUGAACUCUUGUGAAGGAUACGGAACUGAUGCUCUCAUAUACCUGAAGGCACUGAGCAACGAGGCCAACGAAAUGCUGCCCGUGUUCAACAAGACAUCGAGCAAGCACUACAGCUCAGCUGUGGGCGCCAGUGAUUGGAUCGCACCUCCCCCGCCAGCCCCUGCAGCACCCUUCGCCCCAGGGCCUCCGCCACAUGUCCAACUUGCCCCUCAAUGCAGCCAAGCAGUCAAUGCUUGCACGCAAGUUCUCCCAGCAGCACAAGAACAAAAAUCUAUGAACAGCCAGGGAGCUGCCAUGAAUUGUUCUUCAAAUUAGUCGGCGUCUGUAAAUACUUUUUUUUAUAAGGACUGCACUUCUCAUUACAUUGUGUGAAAAAGUGUGACCACACUCCUUUCUCUUUGAAAGAUUUCUUUUUCUUUCACACAGUGCCGUGCUUUUUUUGUUAGACAGGAUGAAGAUUCGAAGUGUUCAUCCUUACGCAACAUGGAAACUGAAGGUCUGUGCGUAGAUGUGUCAAAAGUACAGUGCACAUGUCAUAUGCGAAGGUUAAUGAAGGAGUAUGUGCUGGUCGUCAUGUGUGAUAAGUUUUGUCAUUGCCUAUAUUGAAAGGUUUAAUGUGACUGUUUGUCCCAGAAUGUCCUGCAUAUGUUAACUAGGUCCCUCAUGUAUGUAAACUAUAUAGAACUGCUGGAGAUUUGCUCCUGUUAUAAUGAAUGGAAUGCCACUGUGAUGACAAGUAUGAAAAUUAUCAAUAGCCCAUGUAAUCUUUUUUUUUUUUUUUUUUUUGAUUUGCAACUGGUCUUUUUCUGGGAAUUAAAGCCAAGACAAGAAACCAGUAAACAAUGUUGAUGCCCAGCUCAUCAAAUGGAGGAAAUGGGCCUUUGAAACUGAUGUCACAAAAAAGUCAAAAUGUAAAAAAAGUUAAUUCAUGCUUAAUACUUUUACAAAAUGUGACAGGUGUGCGACGAAUGAAAUACAGUUGACUUCUGCUAGUUUGACAGUCGUUAAUUCUAUUUGCUUUUUAACUUUGACCCUGUUGCCGAGUUCCAGAAGAAGCUCACACUUUUUACUUAAAGGGAUUGAAUUAAGGAGAGUCAACUUAUCAGCAAGAUUAUCAAUUUUCAAAUCACCUUGGCUUCCGAGUAGAAGAGACCUUCCACUGAGGUAGAGCCAGUGGGCAGGGUGCAUUUGUGCUAGUGUUAUUUUAUAUUCAACACUGUUUUAACUGCUGUACAAUGUGUGGCAUGACUCGUUUUCCAACAGACAGCAACACUGUAGAAUGGAUGAGAAAAAAAAAACGGUUUGAAAAUGCGUAAAUGUUUAAAUUCUAUACUCCACCUCAUACAUAGCAGUCAAUGCUACGGAAGCUGUGCAAGGAGUGUGGUCAUUGAAGCAUCACUUAGCUUGUUUCACAGCGGAAAUAUUUUUUUUAUGUGCGAUGCUUUCUAUGGAACGACGACUUCACAUUAAAACUAUAAUUUGUGGAUGGUUGCAAGCACAAGCAGUGUGCCGAGGACACUGGUUGCAUAAAUAUACCACUCUUUUUGUUUGGCAGUAAUUGGGAUCACAUCAGUUGUUUUGCAAAAUAUGACUUAUUACUCAAAAGACGUCUUUCUUUCUUACGUGAUGCACCAUUUACUGAUCACAAAUGGGAGUUGAGAGAAUUCUAUCUAGCCCAUGUCUGCUAUGUAUGAAAUGGAGUACAAGCUUGAUUGUUGCAAAUAUUAUUGCAUAACUAAGAGAAAACAGAGGAGGAAACAAUUACUGCAUAUUGAACCAUGUCAGUUGAUGUUUAAUUAGUGUAGUGACCACUUUUGAAUUUGCUCGUCAGUUUUGCCCUACUUCCUGUUAGCCAUGCAUCACAAGCUACCCAAAUCAUUCUCAUUGUGGUGUGUCCUUUUCUAGUUUGUUACUGCAGUCCAAGGUCAUUGUGACAUGUAAUCUCCACCCCUGUGUGUUAAAUUACCAUAAAAGCUGAACACAGUAGUUGUGAAGAUCACUGCCACAACUCUGUUCUGUAACUAUGUAUAACCCCCUUAUGUCAGACUCUAUGUAGAUGUUUGUGUCUUACCAUAAAAAAACGAAAGGUUAAGAAGGGAGAAGGUGCAAUGUACCUGAAGGUUUUAUCUUUCACUGUGUGGGCUGAAUUUGGACUUGCCACCCAGCGUUUGAAAUAAAGAUGUCAUUGUUUUGUUUACCCAUUUAUAGCACAGAA